CAGUGCGGAUUACAGACUCUGUCCUCUCAGUGCAGCGGGAACUACAGCAAACAAGGGCUAUAUUCAUACGAGCACAUUAAUUGCAGGUAAUGGAGCUCUUUGAGGAGGGGCUCUCUCUGAACCUGUGCGUCUUUUCGUUGCUCAUAUGGACUUCUACAAGUGCGUUUAACCUGGACACGCAAAACGUCCUCAGGAAGAAUGGUCACCCGGGAAGCCUCUUUGGAUUCUCCCUCGCCUUGCACCGGCAGCUCCAGCCCUCGGAUAAAACAAUAUUGUUGAUUGGUGCUCCCACAGCCAGGGCUUUAUCCAAUCAGGGAGCGAACAUCACGGGCGGGUUGUACAGCUGUGACAUCACCACCCAUCCUGAUGACUGUACUCGAGUGGACUUUGACAAUGAUGUUGAUGUUCUUGUGGAGAACAAGGAGAACCAGUGGAUGGGUGUAACGGUUCAGAGCCAAGGACCUGGAGGCAAGAUUGUGACAUGUGCCCAUCGCUACCAGCGUCUGUUGUUCCCGAACACACCCCAGGAGGCGCGCGACAUCACUGGACGCUGCUACAUGCUCAGUCAAGACCUGAGCAUCGACAGCCAAUCAGACGAGGACGGGGGGAACUGGAAAUUCUGUGAUGGGCGCACUCGGGGUCAUGAGCGAUUCGGGGCCUGUCAGCAAGGCUUGGCUGCCACCUUCACUAAAGACUACCAUUAUGUCAUCUUUGGAGCACCAGGGGCGUACAACUGGAAAGGUAUAGUGCGCGUCGAGCAGAAGAACAACACUCUGCUGGAAAUGGGCUUGUUUGAUGAUGGUCCUUAUGAGGUCGGGGAUGAAAACCGCCUCGAUCCAAAUCUAGUGCCAGUACCAGCCAACAGUUACUUAGGUGAGUGUGUGUGUGUGUGUGUGUGUUUUGAUGUUCAUGAUUUUUGUGACACUGAAUCUUGCACAUGUACAGGCUUCUCUCUGGAUUCCGGCCACAGUAUCACAGAAAAAGGGAAACUCAUCAUCGUGUCCGGAGCGCCGAGAGCCAAUCACAGUGGUGCAGUGGUGUUUCUGCGCAAGCAAGACGAAGCCUCCACCAGACUCAUGUCUGAACACAUUCUGGAAGGACCAGGACUCGCGUCCUCCUUUGGAUAUGAUGUUGCUGUGGUGGACCUAAAUGGAGAUGGUUGGCAGGACGUUGUGGUUGGGGCACCCCAGUUCUACCAGAGAGACGAGGAAGUGGGUGGAGCUGUGUACGUUUACAUCAAUAAAGCUGGAAGGUGGAAGGACGUCACUCCUACUCGCCUGAAUGGAACCAAAGACUCCAUGUUUGGACUGGCUGUGGAGAACAUUGGAGACAUUAAUCGGGAUUCUUUUGAAGAUAUUGCUGUGGGAGCUCCAUAUGCAGACUCAGGGUUCGGUAGCGUGUACAUCUUCCACGGAUCCGCCGACGGCAUCAAUACCAAACCAGCUCAGAUACUGGAGGGUAAACAGCACAAUAUUAAGAUGUUUGGCUAUUCUCUGGCCGGAAAUAUGGACCUGGAUCAGAACUCGUACCCUGAUCUCGCCGUUGGGUCGCUCUCUGACACCGUUUUUAUUUACAGGUCCAAAACUGUGAUUAGCAUCAAGCAAGACAUCAAGGUGACACCGAAGGAAAUUGACUUGAUGAAGAAAACGUGUGGCAACAGUAUUUGCUUGACCGUGGAAGCUUGUUUCACAUAUAGAGCAAACCCUCACACCUACAACCCUAAGAUCACCAUUUCCUGUACAUUGGAGGCAGAGUGGUACCGCAGGAAGCUGGGUCUCCCAUCUAGAGUUGUGUUUCUGGAGAAGAACGAGAUGGAUCAGGACUUCCAGUCGACCGGCACUCUGGAGCUACGAGGACAAAACAAAAAAGCUUGUUACAAGAGCAAACUCAGAUUACAAGAAGGCAUCAGGGAUAAGCUCAGAGCGAUUCCUAUCGAGGUGUCUGUGGCCAUUCAGAGUGCUAAGAGAGGCAAACGGCAGAGCUCGCUGCCACAACUAGUGCCAAUACUGGACUCCACUGUGCCCAACAAGACCAUCACUGAGGUGAACUUCCUGAAGGAGGGUUGUGGCACGGACAACAUCUGUCAGAGUAACCUACAUCUGCAGUACAGGUUCUGCUACAGGGAGUCCAAACAAGAUGUGUUCCCUCCUCUACCGCUGGAGAAUGGUGUGCCAGUGAUUUCUCUGAGUGAUCAGAAGGACAUUGCUCUGGAGGUCACAGUGAGGAACAGAAAUGGAGAUGAUGCUCAUGAAGCCAAAUUGGUGGCUCAGUUUGAUGAAUCUCUCUCAUACUCUGGAUUCAGAUCUCUGAGAACUACUGACAAACACGUGAUCUGUGCUGCCAAUCAGAAUGGCUCUCUGGCAGACUGUGAGCUGGGAAACCCUUUUAAACGGGAUUCAGAGGUAAAAUUCUACAUCAUAUUGAGCACUGGCAACAUAUCACUCGACACCAAAGAAGUUGAGAUCGACCUUCAGCUGGAAACAACGAGUUCACAGGAGGGCCUGAGCAAAGUGAAGGCCAAAGCCAAAGUGGUGAUUGAACUUCUUCUUUCUGUACAAGGGGUUGCCAAACCGUCUCAGGUCUAUUUUGGAGGUCAAAUCAGAGGCAUGAGUGCCAUGAAGACGGAGGAGGAAGUCGGCAGCUUGGUCGAAUAUGAAUUCAGAGUGAUUAAUUUGGGAAAGCCUCUGAAGUCUUUUGGCACUGCAUCUUUAAACAUCCAGUGGCCUAAAGAAAGUUCUGUGGGGAAAUGGCUGCUGUAUCUGAUGAAGAUCAACACCAAGGGCCUGCAGUUAGUCACCUGUUCCCCGGAGAGAGAGAUAAACCCUCUCAGACUGAGUGAGGAGUCGACGUCAGCCAGGAGAAAGCGUGAGCUGGAGGAGAGGAGACCAUCUGACGGGAGUAAAACAUCCCUCUUCACUGACAAACGCAAGCACAAGAUUCUGUCGUGCAGUGGUGAUGCCAGAUGUGUGGAGAUGAAAUGCCCCCUACAGGGCUUGGACAGCACUGCAGUCAUCGUUUUAAAAUCCCGGCUGUGGAAUUCCACUUUCCUUGAAGAUUAUGCGUCCUACAAUUACCUUGAUUUAAUAGUGAAAGCCUCCAUAAGUCUGGAUGUCUCCGCCAAUAACAUUGUCCUUAAAAAUGCUGAGACCCAGGUGAGGCUGACCGUGUUCCCGGAGACGACAGUGACUCCGUUCGGAGGAGUUCCCUGGUGGAUCAUUCUCGUGGCUGUUUUAGCUGGGAUUCUGAUGCUGGCUCUCCUAGUUCUGUUACUCUGGAAGUGUGGAUUUUUCAAACGUUCCAAAUAUGAGGACAGCGUUCCGAAAUAUCAUGCGGUGAGGAUUCGUAAGGAGACGCGUCUCUUGAAAGACGGAAAGGUCAUGUUGGAUCCCUUUGAGAAGAAGCAAUGGAUGACCACAUGGGAUGAGAACGAAAGCUACUCUUGAGACUGUCUCUGCUUCUGAUGUGGACAAUGUGCAUCAUCAGGCGUCUACAGUUUCAGAGGAAGUCCGACAGUUUGACAUGAAGAUGCCUCUACACAUCCAUGUGUUUCUGGUAACUAAAGGGUACUGUUAACGCCUGGAAAUCUCUAGGCUUUUUGUUUGCAAUGGCACCCCUUAAAAAGUUUGUAUAUUUUUGGAAGACGCAUGAGAUGCCAAGAACGGAUUGUCUUGAUUUUCUUUGUAAAUAUUUUACAAUGCAGUUUAUUUAUUUUGUCUUGUAAUUUUGUACCAAGAUGCCUACUGUGCAUGAACUGCCCAAAGAUUAUUUUUCACGUCUUUCGUUAACUGUAAAUUAGAUUCAAUGUUUUGAGGUCUGUCAGAUGAAUCUCAGGCGGGGAAAUAAACGAUUACUACUGAAAAA